AUGACAACUGGAGGAGAAGAUAACAACUUUGGCAAUGAUUUGCUUGGAUUUCUGUUAAAGACUUGUCAUGAUUCGAGUGACAAAAACAGGAUUUCACUUGAGGAUUUGGUGAACGAGUGCAAGACGUUUUGCUUUGCCGGACAAGAAACCUUAGCUCUUCUUACUUGGACUAUCUUCCUUCUUGCACUCCAUACGGAUUGGCAAGAGGAAGCCAGAAAGGAGGUCCUAGAAGUAUUUGGCAAACAAGCUCCAAAUCCUAAUGACAUUUUCAAGCUAAAAACUAUGAGCAUGAUCAUCAACGAGUCUCUAAGAUUAUAUCCUCCCCUUCUUUCCCUAGUAAGGAAGGUUGAUAAGGAAGUUAGAGUAGGAAACCUUAUUGUCCCUGCUGAUGUUGAAUUGCUCAUCCCAAACCUAGCAUUCCACCAUGAGCCACAACUUUGGGGGCAAAAUGUACAACUAUUCAAACCGGAGAGGUUCUCAGAAGGGGUAGCUAAAGCUACAAGGAACAACAGAGCUGCAUUCUUACCCUUCGGAAUGGGACCUCGAACUUGUGUGGGCUUCAACUUCGCGACAACAGAGGCAAAGAUUGUUGUGUCAAUGAUUCUACAACGUCACACCAUCACCAUUUCCCCGACUUAUGUUCAUUCGCCCCGCGAGUUUAUUACAGUUCAACCAGAACAUGGUGUUCAAGUAGUUCUGCACUCACUGUGAAAUGUGAAGACUACA